AUGGCUAUGCGCACAAUGAAGCGACGCAACGACAACGAUGGUGACGAGCAGAAGACGAAGCCAGCCCUCGACAAUCGUCGAAACAGCUUAGCAGCCGCCAUCGAGGCUGAGAGCGAGCGUGAGUUGGUGGUGCGGGAAAAAGAGCUGUCAUUCCAACAGUUUAAACUCGAGUCGGAGAUGAAUCAGCGAGAACUGGAUCGCGAAGAAAGACAAGAGGAGCCUCGUUACGAUGACAUUGGGAAUCCCCAGCAAACAGGUCAGUUCCAGCACACCACCAACGUCAAACCGGAAAGGCAGCAGGGCAUCGGCAUCGCGCAUAGUGCCAUUGCAAGCUUGGGGCGGAGUUUCUUCCUCUUGGCCCACUUGACCAAGAAAAGAGCGAAUGUGUAG